AUUUAUGCAAGGUGCCUUGGAAGAAACUAUCUGCAGCCUUGUAAAAAUCAGCGUUUCUAUGUUUUCUCCACCUUGCUGGACUUUGCCAGCAUAUGCUUUUUGCUGUAUUUCAGUUAAGACUGGAAAGCUGGAACCUGGUUAACCUUUCUCCUAAUUAGUUUUACUACAGAUGUAAUAAACUCCUGCAUAGUGAGUGGGCUGGGUGAAGGUACUUCAGUUUUGUGCUGAUGAACGAAUGGCACUGUCUUGUUUCCAGAGCUGCGGAGAAUGGAGGAGCAGAGCACCCUUAUGGCCCGGGAGCGAGAAAUGAGGCGGGAGGAAGAGCGCAGGCGUGAAGAAGAGAGGCGUCGUCGUGAAGAGGCACUCUUCCAACAGCAGCGGCAAGAGGAAGAGAUGCGUUCCCGACGUCGGGAAGAAGAAUUUCGAGGUGUGCCCCCACCACCACCACCUCCUGGAUUGUUAGCCAUGGCUGCCUAUGAAAGUGGAUACCGUGAUGGGGCACCACCAGGGGGAAAUUCGGCUGCGCAGCGGCAGUCCCGGUUUGACCAAGGCAUCGGCGGUCAAGGGAGCCCCGGUCAGCAGCCGCCACAGCCAUCGAUGGGGGCAGGUGCCAUGAAUGGCACCAGAAGUGCACCUGGAGGCCUCAGAGACAUGAUGAUGCGCAGAGAUGUUCUGGACCGUGGAGAUUAUGACAUGGAAGCCAAGCGUGCACGUCGAUACUAAUAACGAGGGUUUUAGUUUUGGUGCGGCAAACAUUCUGCUGCGCUGCCCUGUCUGCUGCUGACUCCGACACUCUUUCACAAACUGGUUUACAUGACUGUCUGGGCAGUUGUGGAGAAAUCGCCGACACACCAAACAGACACCUCCGUUGCAUGUCCCUCGAAGCAUCCGCACAUUUAAUCGUGUAAGCAUGAAAAAGUCAUUGUGCUGUCCAAUGUCCAUGUCUCAAAUAAAUAGACCUUGUGUCACAAUAUUUGCCAUGCUCCAUUUCACUUUGUAACCUCAUAAUGGUCUGUAAUAAAGGGGGUAGUGCUGGG